AUGAGUGUCAUCAGAAUAGCACUUAGGGGACAACGGAAGUUCAGAAAGGGGGCGGGGGAAGACCAGGCGAACCUCGAUAAAGCAAUUUCCGCAUUCCGUACGAAUAAUUUUACAGAAGCCGAUGAGUGCUUAUAUAACGUCAAAAAGAAAGACUUUCCCUCACUUAAACUUCCCUGUCUACUACUUUGUAGUCUGCUACCUGAAAGCUAUGAGGCACCAGGUGCCCAGGGAUCGGUAAAAGCUCUUUUUGAACGUGCAAAUGUGUUAUUCGCACAAGGUAACUCCAAGUAUAAGCCUACAAUCAUGGAAAAGAUAUACUCAGAAAUCGGAGAGAUAUUAGCCAUCUGUGGAGCGACGACUCAGGAAGAUCAGAAAGCAGUGGAUUUCAGAGCAAGGGUGAAGAGGUGUAUGAGAAAACUUAAGUUCCCGACGCUUCGGACGAAGCCAGAAGAUUCCGAGAGCGGGAAUGAGGGCUACGAUGAAGGUGGAGACAAAAGCUCCCGAAAUCCACCCGAGAAAUCACUUCCACAGGACCCGAAAGAAGAAGGUAUCGGAGAAAAGGAGGGCUCAAGAGGGAGAGUAGGUAAAACCAAGUCGCAACAAGGAACUGGCAAAUAG